AUGAAGCAGAAGCAAAAGGCAUCAUCCCCCUCAGCUGCAGCUAGCCUGCAAUUCUCCUCUAUAAUUACAAUGCCAAAAGCACAGGAAAGCAUUCAGGCCAUCUCACUCAUCACCAGCCAGAAGGCGGUGGCUGAGUUCAUUGGAACAUAUAUGCUUAUAUUUUUCGGAUCUGGGUCAGAAUUCAUAGCACUGAGGACUACACUCCCUCUGGAAGGUGUGGCUCUCAGCUGGGCUAUUGCUGUCACAGCCAUAGUCUACACCAUUGGCCAUAUCUCUGGUUCUCACAUCAACCCAGCUACAAGUAUCGCCUUAGCUGCUAUCGGCAAGUUUCCAUGGAAGCAGGUUCCAGUAUAUGCAUUGGGUCAGUUGCUGGGGGCCAUUUUUGCUGGUUUGACCCUUCGGUUGCUAUUUGGGGAAGAUAAUGUGGCCAUAUUGUUAACAUUACCGGUUGGACCGAAACCAGCCAGUAAUCUAAAUGUGAUAGCUUGGGAGAUUAUUAUCACUUUUCUCUUCUUGUUGGUUAUAUGCUCUACUAUAUUACAUCCUGGAGCGACUAAGGGCUUUGGAGGAGUAGCCAUAGGUGCAAUAGUCUUCGUCAAUGUUAUCAUGGCCGGGCCAAUCACUGCAUGUUCUAUGAACCCUGCGAGGAGCAUUGGGGCAGCAAUCGUAGCACAUAAUUUCGACAAGCUUUGGAUAUAUAUAAUAUCGCCUAUUGUAGGUGCUUUGGGAGGUUGUUUUCUCUAUUACUUUCUUCAGAUUUCCACAGAGCCAAAGACUGAAGAUUUGCCAAAAGCUGCAUCUCGUGCUGAUCAAACUUCCCUUGGUCAUCCAAAUCCAGCCUACUCAGAAGCAGCAGUUCUCACCUUAUUCAGCUGCUUACAGCCAUUGCUGCGCGCAGAAAUUAGAACUGCUCUGAUUACAAUGGCAAAAUCACUCGAGAGCGCUCGGCUCAAUUUACUUCUCAAUCAGAAGCUGGUGGCAGAAUUCAUCGGAACAUACAUGCUUAUAUUUUUCGGAUCCGGAUCAGAAUUCAUAGCACAAAAGGGUCUCCUGCCUCUACAAGGCGUUGCUCUCUCUUGGGCCUUGGUAGUCAUAGCCAUUGUCUACACCAUAGGCCAUAUCUCUGGUUCUCACGUCAACCCAGCUGCAAGCAUCGCACUAGCAGUCAUCGGCAAGCUUCCAUGGAAGCUGGUUCCAUUAUAUGCAUUGGCUCAGCUGCUGGGUGCUAUUUUUGCUGGUUUGAGUCUUCGGCUGCUGUUUGGGGGAGACAAUGUGGACAUAUUGUCAACAGUGCCGGUUGGACCGAACCCAGCCAGUGAUAUUAAAGUGGUGGCGUGGGAGAUUAUUGUCACCUUCUUCUUCUUAUUCGUUAUAUGUUCUUCUAUCUUACAUCCUGCAGCGAGUAAGGGCUUUGGAGGAGUAGCUAUUGGUGCAGUAGUCUUCGUCGAUGCUAUAAUGGCCGGGUCAAUCACUGGGUGUUCCAUAAACCCUGCAAGAAGCAUUGCGGCAGCACUCGUAACGCACAAUUUUCACAAGCUUUGGAUAUAUAUAAUAUCACCCAUUAUAGGCGCUGUAGCUGGUUCCUCUCUCUAUUAUUUCCUGCAAAUCCCUACAGAGACAGAGGCUGAAGGUCUGCCGAAAAUUGCAUCUCCAGCCUGCGCAGAUGUAAGCGAACUUCUAGUCAAUGCCCUGCCUCGUGCAGAAGUCUUCCACUCGCUGGUUUACAAAAAGAGACCCAUUGUCGAUGAUGAUGACGAGCGACAGCCCAUAUAUGCAGAUCAAAAGCGUCGGUCAGAAGAAUCCCUGUCGUUACAUACGAUAGGCUAUGGUUUUUCCUCUAAAGUGGUUGUCACAUUCUCCGGAUCGCACUUUCCGGAGCACAACUUGGACUUCAUCUUCUCUCAAGCACCAAAGGUACCUAGUCAGUGGAUGUAUGGAUCCACCCUGCUUUUGGACCCGUUGAUCGCUACCUCCAUGGCCCCCGGUUCGUUGAUUGUCAUCUCGGUGCAUUUUUAUCUAGUGGUAACCAGAGGAAGCGUGGAGGAAACUCAUGACAGAGUAUCUGAUCACUGCGUCCACCAAGGUGUCAAUCUUCAGCAGGGUGUAGAUGUGAUUUCGACAAGCAGAGUUUAG